ACCUUUGUGUAUAACAUCGAAUUCAUAAGUUUGAGUACUUAGGUAUACAUAAAAAAAGAAUCAAAUCGUGGCAACGAUAUUUUUCAGUGUCUUUUAAAAGUCAAAAAUAUAAGUGAAAAGAGUGAUUAAUAGUUCAAACAACAAAAUUAUUUACAAUGUAAAGUUUCAAAGAUAAUUUGCAGUUCACAAUCAUCAACUUUCUCUAGAAAUUUCCCAAAGAAAUUUUGGAGGAAAUAGUUAUUCUCAUUCUUUAUAAGUUUUUUUUGAGAGUACCUUAUAUUGGUGUUUAUAAAUCACUGUGCAAUUAUUUCAUGUUUGAGCAUUCAAAUAAUUCACCAUAGUGAAAUAAAAAUAAUUUUCAGUUAUAAAUAUUUUGAUAUUUUAAAAAUAAUGGAGCACCAGUCAAAUUCAUUUCAUCGUAUACGAACAAAUUCUAAAGAUGUUGCAGUUUCAGAAUGUGUUCGACAAUUUGAGUUGCCUCGUCAGUUUCCCAGUACAGUUAAUGAAUUACGUACAAUGAAAUCUAAGAAUAAUCUUUCUCCAAUGCAGUUUAAAAAACCAUCAAAUCUUACAACCUCAAAUAAUAUCAAAGUCUCUGAUGUUCAAACUUUAAAACCACUUCACCACCACCACCAACCACCAUUUCAAAAAGUAAAACUCAAACUGCCUAAUGGGCAAGAAUUAGGAGAAGUUAAGAUGAUUUUGAGUUCAAACAUCCAGUUCUCAUCAAAGAAAUCUGUAACAGUUAAUAGAAAUCUCAAACCGACUGUACUUAAAAGUCAUAAUAAACCUAGAAUAAAAAGUAUUACUAAAUUAGUUGAUAAAAUUGAUACAAGAAACAUUCAGGUACAACCACAAACAAAAUUGAAAGAGAAACAGUUAUUAUUUAAUAACCUUCAACCCACUUCUAAUUUGAACUGUAAUAAUCAACUUAAAAAUCAAUUAAUUUUGGGCGUGAAAAGAAAUUCACAAGAACCACAAAUAAUUUAUUCAGAAAUGAUACCUGCUGCUAAAUUGCAAAAAAUUUCAACUAAAGAUAUUGGAGAAUUCUCUUUUGAAAAUCAACUUGAUCAACCAGAAAGACAAAAACUGAGCCAAAAUAUGUCAAUAAAAGCAAUGAAAGUAGAAAAUCAUACUAUUAGAGAUUGUAAUACAAUCAUAGAUUAUCAAAAAAGUCUUGAUCAAUUCAAAAAACAGAAACUGAACAAAAAUGUAUCAACAAAACAGAUUAAAUUGGAAAACUUUACCAAUAGUAAUUGUAGUAAAUUCAUAACUCCAAUCUCUAAAGGAGUAAAUACAACUAAAUUUAAAACUCAAACUAAUCAAAAGAUUAUUGUUGUUAAACCAGGUGAUGUCAUAUCAGGAAGUUUUAGAAUUGCAGAGAGAACUUCGCAUAAAAGUGUAGAAAUAAAUUCAAAACCAACUGUGGAACCAAUUGUAAAACCAACUACAGAAAUAGCCAUCAAAUCCAGAAAACUUUUAAUUAAUAGUACUGCUAUAAGUAGUAAAGAUUUAAUGGAAAAACUUACUUGCAUUGAAAAUUUAAAUUCUCAAAAUAAAGAAAGAGUGGAAAAUGAUAAAAUGAAUGUUCAAGAAAAUCAAAAUAUAAUAGAAACUGAACACGAAGUUCAAACUGAGUCAGAAGAAGAAGAUUCUGAUGAAGAAGUAUCUAAACUUUGUGAAAAAAUAGAAAGUUUUGUCAAUUUAAAACAUAGCUGCACAUUCAUUAACGAACCAAUCAGUACUUUAAAUUUCAAUAAUAAUUCUGAUAAAAAUCCAGACACUGAUAAUCAAGGUGAUGAAAUUGGAAAGAAAGUUGAAGAUUCUUUGCAAAAUAUAUUCAAGACCAAUAGAACUUAUAAUGAAGUGAAUAAAAUUUUUUCAAGAGCAAAAAAGUCUGAUUUAUAUCAAAUUUCAGAAAUAUUACAAUCAGAUUUUAAAUCAAAUAUUAGCUUUAAUUCCUGUGGUUUAUUAGGCAUUCAUGACGCAGUUAUAAGAAAUAACUUACUCCAAGUGAAACAGCAUAUUGCAACAUUAAAGAUGAUGGGUAAAAGUAUUGAUGUUUCCACACAAGAUGAAAAAACAAGUCUUGAAAUUGCUAUAGAAUAUGAUAUAAAUCCAAAAAUAAUAAAAGUCCUUCUGAAAGCUGGCGCUCAACCUGUGCAAAGUAAACCAUCUCAUGAUUCUGCUAUGAUUAUAGCAGCAAAAAAUUCAUCUAAAAAUUUACCUAUAUUAUGUAAGUAUAUAGACCAGAAUAACAAAACUGGAGUUAAUUUAAAAGGAAAAGAAGGUUUAGCUGCAAUUCAUUAUUGUGCCAUUCAUGGGAAUUUGCAAGGAAUAACUGAACUUCUCAAAUGUGGAGCAGAUGUAAACCUACAAGAUGAUAGAUCAGGAAGAACCGCAUUAUUUUAUGCCAUGGAAACAAGAAAUUCUAAUAAAAUUCAAGACAUUUAUUUUGACAUAGCCUUUAAACUUCUAGAGCAUGGAGCCAUCUCAAAUAUUCAUACUUUUUCCAAGCAUUCUGUCCUAAAUUUAAUAGAAGACAUUAAAAGUUUCAAACUCAAAAUGGCCAUAAAUAGAGCUGUGCUAUGAAAAAAUACGAUUGUAAAUAUUGUAAAUAAAGGUGUAUGCUUGAAAUACAAUUUGAAA